AUGGUCGGCUGCGCCCCCAAAGACCUUCCCAGGGGAAGUGGCACCCCCAGACGCCUUUCUAUGGCUGACGUUGUCCCUCCCAAGGGCGGAGACGCUUUCAGGGUCCCUCCCAGGCGCUGGGGCUCGGCCAGGGGCCCAUCCAAGGGCUGUGGCACCGCCAGGGGCUCUCCCUGUUGCGCAGUCGCCACUAGGGGCCCUCACAUGGGCAACGGUGCAUCUAAGGGUCCCUCCCAACGGCGGUGGCGUCUCCAGGGGCCUUCCUUAUGGGUAGCGGUGACCCCAACGUCUGUGCUCAGGGCGGUUGCACCCCCAGGGGAAAACCCACGGACGGUGGCGGCACCAGCGGCCCUUGUAGGGGCAGCGCCGCCUCCAGGGGACCUCCCAGUGGUGGCAGGGAUCCCAGGGACCAUCCUAGGGGUCGCGGUGCCCCCAGAGGCCCACCCACUUGCGGCGGCGCCUCCAUGGGCCCUCCCUGGGCCGUCGGUGCCCCCAAGAGCUCUCCCAGGAGCGAUGGUUUCUCCAGUGGCCCUCCUAGGACGACGGUGCACCCAGGGGCUCUCGCAGGGGCUGCAGCACCUCCGGGGGCCCUCCCUAGGGGUGGUAGUAGCCCUAGAAAACCUCACAGGGGCUGUGGCGACCCAAGAGGCCCUGCCAGGGGCGACGGUGCUUCCAUGGGCCUUCUCAAGGGCUUUGGCACCUUCAGGGGCCCUCCCAGAAGCGGCGGUGCCGCCAGGGGUUCUCCGAGGGGUGGUCGCACCCCCAGGGACCUUCACGGGAACGACAACGCUACCAGUGGCUCUCCCAGCAGUGGCAUCCCCCUCAGGGGCCCUCUCAAGAUCUGCGGCGACCCCAGGGCCCCUCCCAAGGGCGGUAGCGCCCCAAGGGGGCUCCGCCACCGUCGGCGGUGCCCCCAGGGGCUCUCCCAGGGGUGGUGGUUCCCCCAGGGAUCCUCGUAGUGGCGGUGGCUCCCCCAUGGACCAUUCGCAGGGCGGUAGCGCCCCAAGGGUAUCUCCCAGUGGUGGCGGCGGCGCCCGCAGGGGUCUUCUCAUGAGGGUGGCGUCCCCAAGAUGCCCUCCCAGGGGUUGUGGUGCCUUCAAGGACACUCCCAGUGAUGAUAGUGCCUCGAGAGUCCCUUCUAGGCACGGUAGUGCCCCCAGGGACCUUCCCAGGGUCCGUAACGUCCCCAGGGAAUAUCCCAGGGACCCUCCCAGGGUCGGUAACGUCCACAGGGAAUAUCCCAGGGACCCUCACAGGGUUGGCAGCCUCCUCAGGGACUCUCCCAGCAGUUGCAGCACCGCCCAGGGGCCCUUCCAGGGGUGGUGGAGCCCCCAGGAACUCGCCCAAAGCCGAUGGGGCCCCCAGGGACCCUCUCAGGGGCGGCUAGGCCCCCAGAAUCCCUCCCACAGGCGAUGGCGCCUCCAGAGACCCUCCCAGUGA